UGACAUCUAUACUUCUACCUAUUAUCCAGAAUUCGCGAUCCAAUGGUGUCUGCCUCAAAUGACUCGCAAACGCCGCCGUUAGUCUCGCUCGCCGCCGGCGGUGUAGCAGGCGGCGUCGAAGCUUUCACGAGUUACCCUAUGGAAUUCGCGAAAACAAGAGUGCAAUUACGUCAACAGAAAGGCAUCCCGACACCACGGAAUCCUUUUCGGGUAGUCACACAUGUCUACCAGACAGAAGGUCUGAGAGCUUUGUAUAAAGGUUGUGCCGCUCUCGUAGUGGGAUCAAUAGCGAAGGACGGAGUGCGAUUUCUCUUCUUCGAUCAGAUCAAGCAUGCGUUCGCUGACAAGGAGACGGGCACGCUUUCACCUGGUCGCAAUUUACUCGCUGGCAUGACAGCCGGUGUGGUCGCCAGUAUCACAGCGGUCACUCCAACAGAACGCAUCAAGACAGCUCUGAUUGACGAUGCCCGCAAUGAGAAACGAUUCCGGUCCGGAUUUCACGCCACCAGGGUUAUUUGGCACGAACAUGGAAUUCUAGGCUUGUAUCGUGGCUUCGCUGGGACGACGCUGAAGCAAGCCUCGGCGACCGCAUUCCGAAUGGGAACAUACAACAUUCUGAAAGACUACGAAAAGACGAGGAAUAUCGAACAGAAUACCCUGGUGAAUUUUGCCAACGGGUCAGUUGCUGGUAUUGUCACUACAUUAACGACGCAACCCUUCGAUGUCAUCAAGACUAGAAGCCAGUCUGCGCAAGGUGCUAGCACAGCGGAGGCCGUGAAGAGUGUAUUGAUCGACUACGGCAUUCGAGGCUUUUGGAAGGGCACAACAAUGAGGCUUGGCAGAACCGUGUUUAGUGGAGGCAUUCUCUUCACGAGUUACGAGGCGGCGGUCAAGAUCAUCGAGCCGCUGUACUCGGGCGUCAAGCAUAAAGUGGUUGAAGUGGUAUAGAAUCUGUUCCUAGAUUUUGCGCAGCAUUGCAUCUUUUCUUUCACCUAGUUCUAUCCGGUUGUCUAACUGUGCAGGUUACCCCCUACGGUGUUACAUUAUACUCAUCGAUCACGCUGACCGGCUUCACGAAUCUGCCCAAAGGCUUAUACUCCAGAUGGUCCAGCCCGAAUC